GGGAAAGUGGUCGAGCAGGUGGGUGAGAGGGAAGGCUGAAUCCCCUUCGACUGGGCAGCGGGCGGGACGUCAGAGCGAAGUCGCUGUUCCCGCGGGCGGGAGAGAUUUGCAGAGGAGAAAGUGCGGGCGCCAGAAUUGGAAUAAGCUGAUCCGUUUCUUUCGUUUUCUCUCCCAUCAGAAAGAAACGGAAAAGGACGGAUGGCGGAGGAGAAGGAGGCGCUGUCGUCGGGGACGCCGCUCGGGGCGCGGCUGGUGGUCGCGCAGAUGGAGUCAGAGGACCCCGAAGACCCUGCCAAGUCUCCCGCCCCUUCCCCCAACUAUUCCACGCGUAAGGCUUUCUUUGCGGUCUUUCAGAACUGGGUCUCUAAAAAGUUCAUGACUGGAUGUGUGGUUCUUUUUCCCGUUGCAAUUACAUUUUACAUCACAUGGUGGUUUAUUCAAUUUGUUGAUGGUUUCUUUAGACCCUUGUACAUCAGACUCGGGAUCAACAUAUUCGGCCUUGGAUUUAUUACUACUUUGAUUUUUGUGUUCUCAAUUGGUUUGUUUGUGUCAUCCUGGAUGGGCGCAACUGUUUUGUGGGUUGGAGAAUGGUUUAUCAAGAAAAUGCCAUUUGUAAGGCAUAUUUAUUCUGCUUCCAAGCAAAUAAGUACUGCCAUAUCUCCAGACCAAAACAUCACAGCAUUUAAAGAAGUUGCAAUUAUACGUCAUCCUCGUGUUGGGGAAUAUGCAUUUGGUUUUAUUACAUCCUCACUCAUCCUUCAGAAUGAUGGUGGAGAUGAGGAACUUUGCAGUGUAUAUGUUCCGACAAACCAUCUAUAUAUUGGCGACAUUUUCUUGAUCAAUUCAGCAGAAAUUAUUAGACCAAGUUUGUCUAUCCGAGAAGGCAUAGAGAUUAUCGUCUCUGGAGGGAUGACUAUGCCACAGAAAAUCACUCCUUUGGAGAGGGCACCACGUCAAAAUGAUAGAAGCCGUCUGAACAGCAUAGCUAGAUGAGGAUUAGGAGCCAGUUUCUGAGAAAAUAGGUUUCAGUUUCAGAGACAACGAAGGAGAGGCAUGUACCAGAUGGCCAAUUGUGGCAAAGCUUAUUGCAGGUGGGAGAGUUUUUGAUGCAGAGCAAGUCACAGUUGCCUGGUAUGGUGAUCAUGCAAUGUAAUUUGAUGUAAGCCAGUGCUUCCGCACAAGGGACGCUCAGCUGUUGUCUUGCGUGGUCACAUUGCUGCUGGUCUACUGCCUGUAUUUUUCCUGUCUUUUCUGUAUGCUAGGUAUUCUUUCAGAAAAGAAAAAUUAAUGUCCCUCUACGUCUGGUGGUGCCGCGGUGUUGCUGUAACAUCUAAUUUCUCGUUGUGCAACAUGCUUUCCUGUAACCACUUUAAUUUUUAUGUACAAAUAGCAGAAUUGAGAUCGAAAA